ACACAUAUAUAUCUCUGUGUGUCUGAACCCUCUGCUGUUCAGGCGCUUUGUCCGGCUGAGCAAGGGCUUGGGCUGCGGGCGGGCUGAGGGCGGGGCAAGGGGGCGCGCGCGGGAGCGGCGGCGAGCUGCGAUUGGGCGGCUGCGGGCGGCACGUGCUGCCGCGAGGCCGCGUCCGGUCGCCGCGGUGCCGCCGGAGCCGUUGCCGCCGUUGCCGUCGGGGCGAGCGGUCGGUGCGAGAGAGAGAGAGCGGGAGUGCGGGGCUGGCGGAGCCGGCAGCAGCCCUGCCUGCGGACGCGGACACGGCGCCAUGUGCGGGAUCAGCUGCGGGCCCUGCUGCGGACGGGCUCGGAGCUUCCCCUUUCGGAACCUGUGUGUUUGGAGAUGUUGGAGGAGACCAAGGAGGAGGACACCCAGGAGGAAGAGACAUGAGGAAGAUGUGGAGUCUCUGCACAGCCUUGAGGAGACUGUGCCCAAGGCAACCAAGGAAGAUGUGGAGACUACAGAGCACAUUGAGGAGACUCCAGAGCGCGUUGAGGAGACUGUAAGCAAGGCCAGAGAGGAAGAUGCGGAGACUCCAGCGUGCAUUGAGGAGAGUCCAGAGCACACUGAGCAGACUGUCAGCAAGACCAGAGAGGAAGACACGGAGACUGCAAGCAAGGUAUCAGACGAAGAUGCAGAGACUCCAGAGCGCAUUGAGAACUGUCUACACAAGGCAACAGAGGAAGACACCAAGGCUGCAGAGUGCAUAGAGGAGACUCCAGGCAAGCCAGCUGAAGAAGACAUGGAGACUCCACAGAGCCUGGAAGACAAUGUGAGGAACCAACCUGGGGAAGAUGUGGAGGUUCCACAGAGCGUUCAAGAGAGCACAACUGAGGAUGGAGCUGAAGACGCACAAGAAGGAGCUGUUGACUGUGACACCCUGAGAAGAGCGCAGAUCCAGCAGACUGACGGUGAAGGAGCAAGAUGGCUCGGGGCUGAAGGAGACCAGUUACCUGCAGAACACGCUGUCAGCCCGGACGAGACGUGCAAAAGCAGGGCCCUGAAAGCUGCAACUUUGGAAAAGCUGGUGGAGACGCUUCCAAUGGCGUUUGCGGAUAAUGACUUUACAUACAUCAACACCUUCCUCUCCACGUACAGGGCCUUUGCUUCCACCAGCACAGUCCUGGAGCUGCUCCUGGACAGGUAAGAGCCGGGACAGAAUGGAAACUGAGCCAUCAUUUAUUAUACACGACAGGGGGAUGUUGACAGGAAUUUCGUCCCCUACUUUUAGUGGACAUGGAGUUAAUAACCUGAUGGACAGAGGUCGAGAAUCCUGCCAAAUUCGGGAUUUCAGCAUAAACAGACCAUGUGCAAAUGCACGCUGCCCACACCCCAGCUCUCAUUAAAGCUGAAGCGCCAGGCGGGGAAAGCGUGCGUGGUCUGACCGGUAGGGAACCAAAAUGUUCUCACUCAGAUGCACCAUGAACUC